AUGGUAGAGCAGCAACGAGUUCAUUUCUAAGGAUUACUUGGAGCCGCUGCUUCUCUCAUCUCCACACUUGCUGUGUAACCUCUGGAGGUUAUUAAAAUGGUCAUGAUUGUUAAGUCCAAUUCCACAAACUAUAAAUUAACAAGUGCAUAUGGAUCAGUGGAAUACAUACUAAUCAAUGAAGGACUCAAUGGAUUUUAUCGCCCGGUUUGCGCCCUGCAUUAGUAAGAAAUAUGA